AUGGCCGAGUCAUCUGGCAGUGCUGGCUAUCGCAGGUCGACAGGGAUGGAGCGAAAUCGUGUGUUCCUGGGCUUCACCUCCUUCCUGGAUGUGUUCGUGCUCCCCCACCCCGCCUUGCACCUUGCCCGAUUCUCUGACCUGAACCUGAGUUUGCGACCUGCGACCUGCAACUUGCGUUUUGCGACUUGCGACAUCUUGGUCCCAAGCUUCCCCAGUGCUGCCUACAACGCCUCGCUUUUUUUUCUUUGCUUCGCCUUUGCUACCUGCCUUAUCAUGUACUAA